AUAUUAUACUCACUAUCUUUGGCCUCUUCCUUCCUUUUCAACUAUGCUUUACCUCAAAGAAACAAUGAAGAGAAAGAAGGUGCUAUGAGCGGCGGGACUUCCAUUGUCCUCUCCUCUACUUCUUCCAAAUUUCCACCCGCUAUCCGCAACAUCUCAUUUCACAUUCACCUUUUGGACCCUCAAUAGACAUACUCAUGAUUGUACACAUGCAUUUUACAAUGUGACAUAGAGUCCAGCAACACAAAUAUCACCCUGCAGUUACGUGAUUCCAUAGGCACAAAUGUCAUCGCUCUUUGACCUUAACAUUGCGUUAGAUUCCCUUGCCUCCAUUACCCAUCAUGCUCCACUAUGUUCGAUGCUAAUAUAAUCUUCUACAGUUCCCAGGAAAACGCUUGGUCUUCACUUUGGAUCCUAUAUGAAGGGGAAAGUUGGCCGGUAAGGUUUUCUGUCAAGUGCGAAAAUGCUUUGCGUGAAAGAAAGAGCUUUUUCUACGACUUAGGCUUGCACUCCACCCCCAAUAACCCCAUUUUCCUCGAGAACAGUUACAAAGAUAGCUCAGUACUUUUAAUGAGAUGCCUACAAGGAGAAGAUAUGUAUACAGUAUUGAAGAGUCAUGUGCAGAAGAGUUUCACGGACGAGGAGAAGGAUAACUGGUCAAGGAUCGUUAUACAUUUGUGUGCACUCUGCGAAAAGUGGGGGUUUCCUCUUAUUUUCAAUGAAGCAAUGUUUCAGUUUGCAAUUCUGCAGGACUCUCCAAUGGUGCCUCCAGAACACAUCCUACUUAUCUACAAGCUUACCGUGCCCGGAUCGAGUUUACGUCGAUUAGCCGUUGAUAUCGUCAUGAGCGAAGAAGAGGGUGGAACUGGAGAGCUUCGACAGCAAGCUUUUUCGAAAUAUAAGAGCUUGUUCAGCGACCAAGUAGAGCUUCUAGAUGCCAUGUGGGCAAAAUUCCAGUUUCCACUUAGCUCGUUUUUUAGGUGUAUGGACUUUAGGGCACGGCGUCACUGGGUGAACUAUAACAUGAAGGUUUAAGAGGAGAUAGUGUCUUUACCAUUGUUUUAAUUCGUUUACACGAACUGGGGGUUCACAUUGUUCGGAGAAAAGUUGAUUAUCUGAAGGUGGCGCAUGCUACUUGUAGGAUUACCUGGUGUAAUUGCUAUAGCGAUAGGCAACACAGAAUAU